GGACGUAGAUAAUGAGCGCUUGACUCUGCUGGAUGCCUCGUUCAUAGAAGAAGAGUCGGUUGCUUACGCAUAAAACCACGGAAUAUACACCGCGACCGCAUAUGUCACCUGACUAGCUUUAGUAGGGUUCCCUUCUAUAUAAGAGUCCUGACCUCCACGUCAAAUAUCUCAAUCAAACACAGCUUAUACGCGAUUCACAUCACGAUAUCCCAUCACAGUCUGCCUCUACCUCGCAUCCUUUGAUUCAAUUUCAUCAUCAUGGCCAUCAACUUUGACGAGCCCUUUUCUGUUGUCAAAUCACCCGGCAAGCUCGCACAUGUCGUCCUCCGCACCAAUAACUUCCAAAACAUGGUGCGUUAUUACACCGACUUUCUAGGCGCACGCGUACAGUACGAGAACGAGUAUCUGGCGUUCCUCACCUAUGACGACGAGCAUCAUCGCAUCGCCCUUGUUCAGGCUCCCGGCACACAGAACCGAGUCAAGGGUACUUGCGGCCUCGAGCACAUUGCCUUUACCUUUGGCUCAUUAUCUGACCUUCUACUGUCUUAUCGACAACGCAAAUCGAAGGGCAUCAUGCCGCUGUGGCCUGUUAACCACGGACCCACUACGUCGAUUUACUACCGCGACCCUGACGGCAACGAGCUUGAGACGCAGGUCGACAACUUCAAAGAUGCAGACGAGGCUACUGAAUUUAUGAAAUCCAAAGCUUUCGCCGAUAACCCUAUAGGCGUGGACUUUGAUCCAGAGGAGUUUAUCACGCGCUUGCAAAAUGGAGAGAAAGAAGAGGUCUUGAUGAAGCGUCCGGAAAGCGGGCCGCGUGGUUUGCCAGAUCACAUGCUAUAGAUCAACUACGACCAUCCCUUUGUACCUUUCUUGUCAUGCCUUUCACUCAUCACGCGAUUAUCCGAGAUUGGGCCAUAAGCUAGGACCGAU